AUGUUAUACCUGCUUUAUGAAGUCGCCGAGUUCAUUUUCUUAUGUUUCGCGACAACGAUGCUGGAAACUUCGAGCACGAGUAUCGCAUUUUCUAUUUACAACAGCGAGUGGUACACCUCAGACAAGAGAUCCAGGGACACCAUUCAGAUGGUAAUGGUCCGUUCAAGAAAGCCUGUGUCUCUCAUUGCUGUCAAGAUGUACCCAGUCAACGUUGAAACACUAAUGAGUGUAUUCCAGUUUGCUUACUCAGCAUCUGCUUUGAUGUCAAGAAUGAUCGAAUAA